AUGUGUGGUGAUGAAGGCUAUAAAGCCAAAGUAGAGCGCAAUGGAAUUCAAUUUCAACGUAAGCAAAAUGGUAACAAAAAAGCUUAGCACAGCUGAAGCCCUUCACAUGGUCUCAUGUGCUUGUCCCCUCUUCCCUUUCCUUUUCUUGCUUCGUUUCCCCUUCUCUGGUUAAAAUCUUUACUUUGUUUCUUUAAAUAUUCAUGCAAACGCAACAAAACCCAGAUCCCAUUACCGUCACUUCUUGUAGGUUUCUUAUUCACAUCCCGAAAACAACCCCAAGAGUGUUUCCUUUUUCUUCUCUAUUACUUUGUUUAUUUUCUGCUUAGAGCUUUUGUAGAGUGAAGAAAGAAAGAGUGUGGAGUGAUUAAAUUUGGAAUUUUUGUUUUUGAUCGAAUCUGAAGAAAUGGGUGGCUCUGGAAUCUUGAUUUUGUGGUGAAGGUAUUUGGCUGAAAGAUGCGGCGGCGGGCUGCCGAUUACCGGCGCCCGGUUCGUAGGAGGUUUUCGCAUUGGAUCUGUGCGCUGCUCGGGCUGUUUGUUGUUGCUGUAUUGGUUUUAUUUGUCGUUCACCAUAAUCAUCAUGAAGAUCGGGUUGAGCAUUCUGUUCAUGCGGAAGAGUCAAGAAUGGAGCAGCUUGUUCAUGAGAAUUUAAACUUCACUGAAGAAAUAUUGAGUGCUACCUCAUACUCCCGGCAGUUGGCAGAACAAAUGACACUUGCCAAGGCUUAUGUCAUAAUUGCGAAAGAGCACAAUAAUCUUCACCUUGCCUGGGAUCUAAGCUCAAAGAUCCAGAGUUGCAAGCUUUUGCUUUCAAAAACUGCAAUGAGAGGGCAGCCCAUCGCACUGGAGGAAGCAGAGCCAAUAAUUAGCAGUCUAUCAUCUCUAAUUUAUAAGGCACAAGAUGCUCAUUAUGACAUUGCAACUGCAAUAGUGACGAUGAAAGCUCAUAUUCAAGCCCUUGAAGAGCGAGCUAAUGCAGCAACCGUUCAAAGUACAGUGUUUGGACAAUUGGUGGCAGAAGCAUUUCCUAGGAGUCUUCACUGCCUAAUUGUAAAGCUUUCAGCUGAUUGGCUAAAAAGGCUGCCCGUUCAAGACCUUGCAAACGAGCAGAGAAACUUUCCUCGACUUGUGGACAACAAUCUCUACCAUUUCUGCAUAUUUUCAGACAAUGUCCUUGCUACCUCAGUAGUAGUUAAUUCUACAAUAUCAAAUGCUGAUCAUCCUAAACAGAUGGUUUUCCACAUUAUUACCAAUGGGAUUAGCUAUGGAGCUAUGCAGGCUUGGUUCCUUAGCAAUGACUUCAAGGGUUCCACUAUAGAAGUGCAGAACAUAGAGGAGUUAUCUUGGUUGAAUGCUUCUUAUUCCCUCGUUGUAAAGCAGCUAAUAGAUGUAGAUUCACAGGCCUACUAUUUUGAUGAAAAUCAAGAUUUGAAAGUUGAGCCAAAAUUGCGGAACCCUAAAUAUAUUUCCUUGUUGAAUCACCUUCGGUUUUACAUACCAGAGAUCUAUCCACAGCUUGAGAAGAUAAUAUUCCUUGAUGAUGAUGUUGUUGUGCAGAAAGAUAUAACACCUCUUUUCUCAAUGGAUUUGCAUGGAAACGUAAAUGGGGCAGUGGAGACUUGUCUUGAAGCAUUUCAUCGUUAUUACAAGUAUCUCAAUUUCUCAAAUCCAAUCAUUAGCUCAAAAUUUGAUCCGCAAGCAUGUGGAUGGGCAUUUGGCAUGAAUGUUUUUGAUCUGAUAGCCUGGAGGAAAGCAAAUGUCACUGCAAGAUAUCAUUACUGGCAGGAGCAAAAUGCUGAUCGGACACUCUGGAAACUGGGAACUCUUCCUCCCGGUCUUUUAGCUUUUUACGGGCUCACAGAACCACUUGAUCGGAGAUGGCAUGUGUUAGGAUUAGGUUAUGAUUUUAACAUUGACAACCGCUUGAUUGAGAGUGCAGCAGUUGUUCACUUUAAUGGGAACAUGAAGCCAUGGCUAAAACAGGCCAUUGGAAGAUAUAAGCCCCUAUGGGAAACGUACAUAAAUCUGAGCCACCCAUAUCUUCAAGAUUGUGUCACAAGUUGAAAUAUGCUUUUUUUUAUUUUAAUAAUUUAUUCAAUCUUCAAGGAUAUAAACCCAUCUAGGGCAAUGGUGUUUAUUUGUAGAGUCAGGAAGUGAAAAUUUUGGCUUUCUUAGGAGAUUUUAUAUAUUUUUUUUAACUUUAGUUUUUCUUUUUCAUCAUAAUGUCUUUCAAGGAAAAGAAUGAUUUUUUUACAACAGAAAAAGGUGAAGAGAUGUGGGAAUUCAUUUUUGGCCGAAGGGGUUUUCCUUUUCCCCCGCAAACAAACUCUGGGAAUUUUUUGUCCUUUACCAGUUAUUAUAAUAAUCUAUCUGCUCUUUUGAUCUAUUAGCUGUUAGAUAUC